GCCCCUGCCUCCUCUUUUCUGUCGACGCCUUGUCUUUUGUGCUUUAUCCGAACUGGUGCUCGGGCGCAUGGCGAGAGGGAGCAAGUGCGGUGACGAGGGAGGAGAGCGGGGAGGAAACCCGGAGCUGCUGGUGAUGGUGGUGGGGUGGGGCGGGCGGACAAGAAGAGUUCCUUGCAUUGUGGGAGCUCGGGGGUAGUGGAGGUCUGGGGAGGUUGUUCCGGAGGCGCGGGGGUGCGUGCGCUAGCUCGUUCGACGUGCAUUGUUUCGGGAGGGGGCGCGGCGCAAUCAGAUUAGAGUUCGGAGGAGCAGAGUGCGGUGGAGUAGAGUAGAGUAGUGGAGAUGAAGGAGGGGACGCGAUCAAAGCGAGGCGUGUUAAUUCUGGUGGUGUUGCUGCUGGCCGCGUGCGACCAUGGAAGCUGCUGGUCGUCGGAGGAGGUGGUGAAGAACGCGCUGCUGAUGGUGAAGGACGCGCUGGGCGGAGCGGAGACUGCGCUCAGCGGCUGGGACUUGCGCGGGGUCGACAACCCGCCGUCUCUGUGCCUCUGGGACCGGAUCACCUGCGACAACAACACUUUCGAAGUGAUCGGAUUGAACCUCUCGCGCCUGGGCCUCUCGGGCGAGAUCUCGCCGGCCAUCGGCACUCUGACCAGCCUCCAGUACCUGGACAUGAGCGAGAACAACAUCUCGGGCUUCAUCCCGGCGGAAAUCGGCCAGUGCAAGAGCUUGCGAAUCCUCCGCCUGUCGGGCAAUGUGCUGGGCGGCGAAAUUCCCUACACCAUCGGCUUCCUCGAGCACCUGGAGGAGCUCUCGCUGCAGAACAAUGGGAUCGGGGGCCCCAUUCCCGCCACGCUCUCGGAGCUGCCCCGACUCAAGACCUUGAACCUGGCCUACAAUCACCUGACGGGCGAGAUCCCGUCACUGCUGUACUGGAGCCAGGUGAUGGAGAUCUUCAUGGUGCGGGGCAACCAGCUGACGGGCACAAUUUCCCCGGACAUCUGCGAGCUGACCAGCGUCUGGUACUUCAAUGUGCGCGAGAACAAUCUGUCGGGCGGCAUCCCGAGCAACAUCGGCAAUUGCACCAGCUUUGAAAUCAUGGACCUGGGCUACAACCAGCUGCGCGGCGAGAUCCCCUACAACAUCGGGUUCAUGCAAGUGAGCACGCUGUCGCUGGAGAACAACUUCUUGUCCGGCAGCAUUCCGGAGGUGAUCGGGCUCAUGAGAGCGCUGCUGAUUCUGGACCUGAGCAACAACCUGUUUGACGGGCCCAUUCCCCCGAGGCUGGGCAAUCUCACGUACCUCAACAAGCUUUAUCUGCAUGGGAACCGACUGUCGGGGCCCAUCCCCGCGAGCUUCGGGAAUAUGACGAGCCUGCAGUAUCUGUUCAUGCACGACAACCAGCUCACGGGCCCCGUGCCCUCCGAGUUCGGGAGGCUGCAGCUGUUCGACCUGCGGCUGUCGGGGAACAGAUUGGACGGCGCGCUACCGACCAAUCUCAGCGCGUGCACUUCGCUCAACAAGCUCGACCUCCAUGGUAAUCUGUUCACGGGGUCCAUUCCCCCGGAGUACGACAUGCUCGACAAUCUGACGCACCUGAAUCUCUCGUCCAAUUUCCUGUCCGGGAGCAUCCCGGAAGAGCUCGGCAGGGUCGUGAACCUCGACACGCUGGACCUGUCCUACAAUAACCUGAACGGCGACAUCCCGCACUCGGUCGGCCGGCUCGAGCAUCUGCUGGUGCUUUCGCUGCAGGGCAACAUGCUGAGCGGCGCCAUCCCGCGCAGCCUGGGCAACCUCUCGAGCCUGCUGAAUUUGGACCUGUCGCGCAACGAUCUGAGCGGCAGCAUCCCGGUCGAGCUCGGACAGCUGCAGCAGCUGAACGCGCUGCUGCUGGACCACAACAAUCUGUCGGGAAUUCUGGCCCCGGAUCUGGCCAAGUGCUUCAGCCUGCAGGUGCUCAAUGUGUCCUACAAUGCGCUGCACGGCAGCAUCCCGCAGGGCGAGAAUUUCGCCAAAUUCCCGGCCUCGGCAUUCCUGGGCAACCCGAAUCUGUGCGGCGCGAAGAUCAAGCGAGUCUGUAGCUGGGACCAGGCCAAGGCCUCGAGCUCGCUGGGCGCCUCCAGCAUCUGGUCCGUCACCGCCGUGGCCAUCUGCCUGGUGGCGCUGCUCAUCUUCGCCGUGUUCCGCGCGGCGCAGCCCAAGCGCCCGGGCAAGGCGCGCAACGUGAGCCCCGAAGGGCCGCCGCGCGUGAUCGUGUACCACAUGGGGCUCGUCAUCCAGUCGUACGACGAGCUGCUGCGCAUCACGGACAAUCUGAACGAGGACGCGGUGGUCGGGCAGGGCGCGUCCAGCAAGGUGUACAAGUGUGUGCUCAAGAGCGGGCACGCCAUCGCCAUCAAGAAGCUCUACAACCACCACCCGCAGAACCUGACGGAGUUCGAGAACGAGCUGCAGAUGCUGGAGCGCGUCAAGCACCGCAACCUCGUCACGCUGCGCGGCUACUCGCUCUCGUCGCUCGGCCACUUCCUGCUGUACGAUUACAUGGAGAACGGCAGCCUCUACGACGUGCUGCACGGGCCGGUGAAGAAGAUCAAGCUCGACUGGAGCACGCGGCUCAACAUCGCGCUCGGCGCCGCCCAGGGCCUGGCCUACCUGCACCACGACUGCGAGCCCCGCAUCGUGCACCGCGACAUCAAGACCUGCAACAUCCUGCUCGACGCCAACUUGGACGCGCACAUCGCCGAUUUCGGCAUCGCCCGCAAUGUGCAGCUGGCCAACAAUCAUGUGUCGACGUACGUCGUCGGCACCAUCGGGUACAUCGAUCCCGAGUACGCCCGGACCUCCAAGUCCAACGAGAAGUCCGACGUCUACAGCUACGGCAUCGUGCUGCUCGAGCUGCUCACCGACAAGAAGGCCGUCAACAGCGACGGCAAUCUCCUCACCUGGAUGAACAUGCACCUCGCCAACAACACCGCGCUCAGCACCAUCUCCGCGGAGAUCCGUCGCUCUUGCACCAACAUCAAGCCCAUCGAGAAAGUCCUGCAGCUGGCCAAGCUGUGCACCGACAGAUGCUCCAGCAAUCGCCCGACCAUGAACGAUGUCGUCCAGGUGCUGCUAUCCCUGAUCUCCGGCCCCGUCCCUCCGGCCCAAGCCAAGUUCAUGCAGCGGGUCUCUUCGAAAUACAUGGAAAUGUACGUGAAUCCCAUGUACUAUAAGGACGUCGGCGGCAGUGACAGCAACUCCGACGGCCAACUUCUAGCCAAGUCGGGCAUGUCAUCGACUCUCGAAUUUUAGAUGAUCCGGGGAUUGCGAGCGAGGCGCAGAGCUCCCAUUUUCCAGCGCACCUGACGAUCUGUACAGUUCAAGCUUUCUGCUUAAUUAGGGGCACUUAUCGAACAACAUCGAACAACAUCCAUCCUUCGAAUUGCACGCGCAUUUUUCUGCGGUGCGGCUGGUCGACCAGAGAGCUCUGCGCACCGAGCCUCGGCCGUAGACAGACAAACAGACAGGGCUUGCAGAAGCCGUCGGAACUUCCACAAAUACUCACCGUGCCCCAUAACUGGACGGGCGCAUGGUUUACAUUACUCUAGGCUUAGGGCUCUUCAGAUCCGCAAGACUCCCGAGGCAUUCUUUAGUGAGAACGUCUCGUUCGGAACUCGAACUUUUUGUCAGUUGUAGAGAGACAAUGUAUAGAAAUUUCUUUCCUUGUAUUGCGUCAGCUGGUUCACCUUGC